UUAGUUAAGUACAGAUGCUUAUAAAUUUUAAAAGAUUAAAUAAUUUUAGAAAGAUUCAUUUGACUCAUAAGAUUUUAUUUUAUGAGGGCAUAGAAAAUUUACUCCCAAUAAGAGUCGGCCAAGAGUAUUUAAUAUUAACUCAUGAUUUAUUAAAUGUUACAUGGUCGAGUAGCCUUUUUUUUGCCUCCCUACUCUUGAAAUUAUCAGUAUCAACUCCUUUUUCUAUAUUGCAAAUUAAAAAUGCCAAGAAAUUGACAGUAAUAAACAAAGAAGUAGAGGAGAUAAUACCGUAUCUUAAAAAUGAAACAAGGAUAGAAGUUAAAGAUAAAAAUUUAGAGUACAAACAAGCAAAGAUUUUCUUUUAUAAUAAACUCAGAGAGGCCUUAAAUCAAAUAUAUAUUAGAGACAAUUGCCAUCCAGCCAAAAAUUACUUAUAUCCUUUAGUGCAGUUUCCAUUUUGGGUCAGUAUGUCUUUUGCCUUAAGAUGCUUAACAAUAAAUGGACCAAAUACAUAUGUGCAGGAACAACUUCAAAAUGAAGGUUUGAUGACAUUUACAAAUCUAUGUGUUCCAGAUCCAUACUAUGUCUUGCCAUUUGUAUUAUUUAUAACAAAUCUUCUUGCAAUUGAGUUGAUGUACAGGAGACAACAAAGUUUCACUACACCUCUUGAUAAAGUCGCAGGUAUCAAUGACAUAAGUUCCGAACACAAAUCUGCCCAUAUCGGUAAAAGGGGAAUUUUUAGUGACGUUAACAACAGACUCAUUUUGCUUAAAUGGAUAUCGCGUUGCUCUGCUGGCGUUUUGUUUUACAUAUCUUCAAUAGCGCCCUCGGGACUGACGCUGUAUUGGCUUUAUUCGUGCCUUUUAGGAAUUAGCCAGAAUCAAUUGCUGAGAUGGAUUUAUACGCCACAGAGACCCAAAAAAUUAGCCUCAAAAUUCUAUCACACAUAACUUGAAUAUGUUUUAUAAAUUUUAUAGAGGGGUGAUGAUUGCAUCUCCGGGAACUUUUUUUUGGUCAAUGUAAAUUUGGUAUAGCCACAGAUUGUUUGAUAAAACUUACUUGAUUAGAAAACUGUUUAUUUAAUUAUUGAACGAGAU